AUGGAGGUUUUCACUUUGAUGGCCUUGCAGUUUUGCGACGGAGAAGAUCUCAUGUCACUUUACUGGUCGACUUUCACCAUGAUCCAGGUCGGAUCUCUCAUUGCCGUGUGCGGAGUCAUUCUGGCUCUGGUGCACUCUUUGAGACAACGCAGAAACCCACCUUGGGCUCUGGCUCUCGGCACACCGGUUCUCGUCAUCGCAGGCCUGUUCCACUACCUUCACGGCUGCAUCACUAGGAGGGUUAAGAGGGCCGCCAAUGCUAGGAAGAGGAAGAUGAGCGACGCCAACACCUUGCCAAUGAGCCAAGUAAACACCAUUCAAGCUGAAGCCUCUGAUGAGGACGAGGGUAUUCAGGGAGCCGAGAUUAUCGGGCUCACAAUGGACGGCGGCCCAAUCAUCCACUUCAAGGACGCCGUGCCAUACAGCAUGCCCGACUCGAGCGAGAUCAUCGGGCGCUGCUCCAACGACAAGCCGAUUGUUGUCUGCCGGCGCGAUGGCUUCCAGCUAAUCUACAACGGCACGGACUCGAGAGCGCCAUCCCCUAAUCCGGCUACCAAGCCUGGUGCCAGUGGUUGA